CAUACGUGACUGCUGAUCGUGCUAAUGAGCGCUCCUGACUAAUCGAUGGUAAACAUGCGCACACGUGAAUGUUUAAUGAUGCCAGUGAGCACGUAGACGUGUUUAAGUGUGUGGAGGGGCACACAUGGCCGCCCAGUCAUGCCAACCAGCGCAUGAUGCGCAUUCAGGCGCUUUGAGGAGUUAUUUAAUGACGGGGCUGACACUGUGUGAAGGCGCCCAUGAGUCAUGCUAACGAGCACGUCCUGAGCACGCGGUUAUGCUAAUGAGGGCUCAUGAAUAUUUAAUUGUGUCACCGACACGCGUGAAUAUUUUAUUGCGCCCAGUGCCCGCUGCACGCUUAAUCAUGCUAACGAGCGCGUCAUGAAUAUUCAGUCGUGCUAAGGAGCGCAUCAGGACUAUCGAUCAUGCCAAUGAGAUCACAUGAACACUUGGUCAGUCCAGGGGUCCCUCAGGAAUAUUCAGGUGUGCUAAUGGGCUCGCGGGAAUAUUUAAUUGUGCUAAUGAGCGCACGUGUGUCCGAUUGUGCUGACGAGCGCUCCACGGAUGUCAGUCAUGCCAACGACCACGUCCUGAACAUUCAAGUAUGCUAAUAAGCCGCAUGAAUAUUUAAUUGUGCUAAUGAGCGCGUGGGCACGUUCCGUCACCCUAAGGAGAGCUCCGGUGGGCAUCUAAUUACAACGUGGAGCUGGCUGGCUCAGACCGGAUCAGAAGGACUUGGUACCCACAAGCCGCACCACGGUGGAAGGAUCGCUGCCCAGGUGAAAUAACCAGGAGCGAUGAGCGGGGCCCGGGGUCACUGGAGCCCGAGGCUGUGGCUGGCGCUGUGCUGCCUGUGCGGAAACGCGCCGGGCACGUUCGUAACGCGCAAUUCCAGGCCCAACAUUGUCCUGUUCAUGGCCGACGACCUCGGGGUGGGAGAUUUGUCCUGCUACGGUAAUAACACGAUCAGCACCCCAAACAUCGACCGGCUGGCCAGAGAGGGAGUGGUGUUGACUCAGCACCUCGCAGCUGCUUCCGUGUGCACCCCGAGCCGUGCGGCCUUCCUCACGGGGCGGUACCCCGUCAGAUCAGGCAUGGCGUCUCCCAACAACCUCAACCGAGGCGUCGUGUGGCUGGGCGGGUCCGGUGGCCUCCCACCCAACGAGACCACGUUCGCCAAGAUACUGCAGCAGCGCGGCUACCGCACGGGGCUCGUAGGGAAGUGGCACCUGGGCCUGAGCUGCGCGUCCCGUGGCGACCACUGCUCGCACCCGCUGAACCACGGGUUCGACGCCUUCUACGGGGCGCCGUCGGGGCUCCUGAGCGACUGCCGGGGCUGGGCGACCCCGGAGCUGCACCGCGCGCUGCGGGUCCGGCUGUGGCUGGUGUCGGCCGGCCUGGGCUGCCUCCCGCUGCUGCUGCUGGUGCCGAAGCUGGCGGGCUGGUGUCCGGUCCCGUGGGCCGUCGUGGCGCUGCUGGGCGUCGUGGCCGCCGCCUUCUUCCUGUGCUGGUUCUGCAGCUACGGCUUCGUGCGCACGUGGAACUGCGUCAUCAUGAGGAACCAUGACGUCGUGCAGCAGCCCAUGAACACGGAGCGCGCGGCGGCGCUCAUGCUGCGGGAAGCGCUCGCCUUCGUGGACAGGUACAAACGGGGACCAUUUCUGCUCUUCGUUUCCUUCCUGCACGUCCACACUCCGCUUCCCACGCGAGGGACCUUCGUGGGGCGCAGUAAGCACGGGUUGUACGGCGACAACGUGGAGGAGAUGGACUGGAUGGUGGGGAAAGUCCUGGAUGCGCUGGAGCGGGAGCUGCUGACCAACCAGACGUUGGUGUAUUUCACCUCGGACAACGGGGCGCGGCUGGAGGCCCGGCAGGGCGACGUGCGCCUGGGCGGCUGGAACGGCGUCUACAAAGGUGGACGAGGCACGGGAGGCUGGGAAGGCGGCAUCCGAGUUCCGGGAAUCUUCCGCUGGCCCACGGUGCUCGAGGCCGGGAGACUCAUCGACGAGCCCACCAGCCACAUGGACAUUUUCCCGACGCUGUCGUAUGUGGGCGGAGGGAUUCUGCCUCAGGACAGUGGCUCGACGGUGUGGAAGGCCCACUACGUGACCCCCAACUUCUCCCCGGAAGGGGCGGACGCGUGCUACGGGCCGGAGCUGUGCCCCUGCUCCGGGGACGUGACCCGACAUGAUCCACCCCUGCUGUUCGACGUGUCCAGAGACCCCUCGGAGUCCCGUCCGCUGGACCCCAGCGGCGAAGCCCUGUUCGACUCGGUGGUGAAGAACAUGGAGGCGGCCGUGAGACGGCACCGCGCAGGCCUCCGUCCGGUCCCGCAGCAGCUGUCCACCUUCAACAGCCUGUGGAAGCCGUGGUUACAGCCAUGCUGCGGGACCUUCCCCUUCUGUGGCUGCGACGCAGAGGACGACUUCCCACCCACGGCGCCAUGAACGACAGGGGAUGUUUGUUACGCGGCGCACCUACUGUUGCAACGCUGGAAGGAUCCGUUCCAAACUGAGGGGGUGGCUGUGAACACAGCUUUGUCCUCAGACUUGACUUCCUCUUCCCAUCGUGCUGCGACUUCCAGGAAAUGAAAGUGGACUCGGGAAACACACACGUGGGCAAGACGGCUUGGGUCUUAAUAUUCCGAUUCUUACUAAGGAGUGAGAGGCCUGCUUCCAGGUGCUCACAUUUACGGUGGUUAAUGUACCGUAAAUUCAUGGGAACGGUUUAUGGUGACUAUAUGUCAAUUUAGGACAAAUUCAUGGUUAAUUUAUGUCAAUUUAUGGCAAAUUCAUGGUAAAAUUCAUGGUUAAUUCAUGGCUAAUUGAUGGUAAGUUCAUUCUAAUAUUUAUGCUUAUGUCUCUAAAUUUAUGGUAAAAUUUAUGGCAAAUUCAUGGUAAAAUUCAUGGUUAAUUCAUGGCUAAUUGAUGGUAAGUUCAUUCUAAUAUUUAUGCCUAUGUCUCUAAAUUUAUGGUAAAAUUUAUGGUAAAUUCAUGGUAAGAUUUAUGGUGAAUU